CGAGUCCCCGCGCGCGCGCUCCGCCCAGCCAGGGACCGGUGUUAGCCUGAUGCUACACAGCCUGAGAAUGCGGAGUGUUGUGAGGAAGCUGCUCAGCGCCGUGCUCACCUGCGGUGUGUGGCUCAUCCCAACAUGUGACGCUCAAGAAUGUGGAAGACCUUUUGUGGAAACUCGCAUUGUAGGAGGCAGUGAGGCGCAAAACGGGGCGUGGCCAUGGCAAGUGGACAUCCAGCUGGGAACAAGCGGCCAUGUUUGUGGAGGAUCCGUCAUUUCCAGAGACUGGGUUCUGUCUGCGGCACACUGUUUUACUGACCCGUCAAAUGUGUCCUCGUACCGUCUCUACAUGGGUCGCUAUCAGCUCAGCGGCACUAACCAGUUUGAGACGUUGAGAGAAGUGAAGAGGGUGGUGGUGGCACAAGGGUACACGACCCCUCAGGAGGGUAGAGACGUGGCACUCGUAGAGCUGAGCUCGCCGCUCACCUGGACAACCCACAUCCAGCCUGUGUGUCUGCCUGACGCCAACUUCCUGUUCUACGGUGGAACCAUGUGCUAUGUCACGGGCUGGGGGGACACGCAGGUCGGAGUCUCGCUGGCUGGAGUCGGGAAGCUACGGGAAGUCAGCGUGCCCAUUAUUGACCAAGAAACCUGCAACUCCAUGUACCAGAGCAGCUUCCAUAACGUGGACACGGUGUACAUCCUGUCAGACAUGAUCUGUGCUGGGUACCCAGAGGGGGGCAAGGACGCGUGUCAGGGGGACUCUGGCGGACCCCUCGUCUGUUCCAUCGGGAACGAUACAUGGAUCCAGGCAGGCGUUGUGAGUUUUGGACUGGGAUGUGCUCAGAAGAACAGACCUGGCGUGUACGCCAGAGUGUCGAGCUUCGCGGACCUCAUCCGCUCCACGGUGCCGGACGUCCAGCUGCUGGACCACGCCUGUCAGCGUGCAGCUCAUGGCCUCGUGGUGCUCAGUGUGGGUCUCGGGGUGGUGAUGUUGGGUCGGUCGUGACCGUGUCCAGUGGACCCACGCGGUCACACUGACCUGCAGCAUGGACACGGUGAAUUACACCCUCCCCCAGUCUGGAGCCGCGCUGAACGCUGUACAUCUCUCAGUCCGAAAGCAACAGCAAUGCUAAAACUGGAAACAAAUCAACAAUCAAUGUUUGAUGAUAAACAGCUGAUCUGAUCUAUUUAAUUCAUCAAUCAGCAUCCUACACUGCCAUGCUCGAUGAGUCAGUCACUAUUAGAGAUGAUUAGAUCAACAGAUAUUUAUGUAAUAACACAAAUCAUCACCUUUUAUUUUUAUAAAUAAAAAAUGCAUAAUUUUUUUUACUUUGAAAGAA